AUGAGUGUCGCAAUGUGGACUCCUUUGUUUGUGACUGCAGAUGUGCCAGUCGAGGUCAAGAGCUUUGUCGAUCAACGACUUGGCGAGUGUGGUCUUGGUCAAGGCGACAACCCGUUAGACCACCUAUCUGGGGAUACCUUUGGCAUCAUCGACGAAAGAACUGCAAGGGACGAUACCGUUCUUUUCCUUGUGCAGGAUCUGGUCAACGACGUCCAAGAAGCCAAGAUUAGAGUGGCAUGGGAUAGAGCCACUGAUUAUGACGAAGCUCUCACACGAUGCUCUUGGGAUGAAGGCACAGAUGAAGACAUUGCUCUUCUUUCGAAAAUGAUUGCUACGAUAGACCUUACCAACGAUGUAGCGCAGACCAAAGACAAGAUCGCUGAAUACCUGGAUCAGCUCAGAGAAGAUACAGAGGUUUUGAAGUGGUUUGAGUUUAGACUGGAUGCUGGUUACUCCAUCUUGGGCAAUGGAGGUCUGUACCUCAUGGGAGCUGUGGAAACACUGCUGCAACGUGAUGAGUUUGACGAAGAUGGCGUGAUGUGCGGUCCUCUUCGAAAACGUGGCCUAAUAGCGAACGGUGAAGAUACUUGA